UGUAUAUCUAGGCGCGGCUGCGCAUGUUCUUCCGGUGGUGAAAGGUGACGGUCUUACCUUCAGUGCUGCCAGCGCGUUGGUUUUUCGAAGUUUAAGUCUCACUUCAAGAUCACAUCUAAAGUAGUCACAAAAUGUCUCACACAAUCCUGCUGGUCCAGCCCACCAAAAGGCCCGAGGGACGAACAUAUGCUGAUUAUGAGUCUGUGAAUGAAUGUAUGGAAGGAGUAUGUAAAAUGUAUGAAGAACAUCUUAAGCGGAUGAAUCCUAACAGUCCCUCAAUCACAUAUGACAUCAGUCAACUAUUUGAUUUCAUUGAUGACCUAGCCGACCUCAGCUGCCUGGUGUACCGUGCAGACACACAGACAUACCAGCCCUACAACAAGGAUUGGAUCAAGGAGAAAAUCUAUGUUCUGCUGCGCCGCCAAGCACAACAGGCUGGAAAGUAAAACGGUGAAUGGGUUGUGGAGACUUGAUAAGCUGGAUAUAGUUAGUUAUUGUAUUAUAGUUGUCACUCGCUGAUUCUAGGAUAGCUAGUAGUAGUAAUUGAACAAGGUUACGACAUCUUUGAUUGAUUUUUUUUAUAUAUAUGUAUAUCUAUCUCUAGUGUUUUGCCUAUGAAUGAAUGUUUUGGUUUGACAUUGUACUAAAUAAAGAUGCUAUUAUGUA